AUGGGGAACUUCGAUUGCACACAGCACAAGGAGUUUAAAGCGGAGUUUGCAGUUAAGACAUACUAGAUAAGAAUAUCCUCUUAGGACACACUACUAGAUACGAACAGAGGAGUCUUUUUCCGUGCGACAUAGUACUUUAGAUAAGAGAAGAGGAAUAUCCUGUUAAGACAUCCUACUAGACAUACUAGAUUAUAAUUGGCUGUAUUUAUAAAUUGAUAAUUGUUGGUCAAUGGUCAUUACUGGCUCAAGAUCCAAUGGAUGAACCUGAUUUCAAUGCCAAAUGACUGCUCUCACUCGUCACCUUGAUCAUGAUCAAUACCGUUCCUGGUCUUGAACUCGUGUUAGUUCCUCGUAUGAUCAUCAUUUGAACUCAAUGAAUUCCAACAUGAAUUAGCAGCAAGAUCUCCCAGAUCUUUAACUACACUAUGACCCUUCAUGAUAUCCCAAUGACAUUGAACCCAUUUUGAUACCAUUUCAGGGCCUUAAACAGUCAGUGAUCAUUCGGCACGUCCGUUCUGAUCGUCUUUCUGUUACAUUGCAACGAUAAUCAUUCCAUUUACUCUCAAGAGCCUCAUAUUGCGCUUGGACGUGUUCGGGUGUUCCAACACUGUUUCAAGCCCUUGAGCCUUACCUUCUUAAAGAAACAACUAGUCAAUUCUUUGUAGAAGUAGAGAAAACAAAGUCGCAUUAUUUGCGCCACAAAAUGCCCGAUAUGAGUCUCGGAGAGAUUUCACCCAAACUGGGUCAGAAAUCUGACUGGCGUGACUGGCUUCGAGCGGUAACGCAAGAAGCAGACCGCCUGGACCUAGUCCAAUACUUCAACAACGUGCUGAACGGCAAUGCGGCAGGGAUUCCGAACCAACCCAACAACAACGACCGCAAGCUCCAGCAGAAUUGGCGAGAUUUGAAGAGUGUGAUCAUCAAGUCGCUCAAAGGUGCAGCCGAAGCACAUAUGAAGGAUCAGGAUACCACUGUAAUGAACGCUGGUGAAGUGGUAACAAACCUCCGUGACGCUGGUUUCAGUCAAAAUGACCGCACAGAGCAGCGAAUCUCUGCUAAAGCGUUGGAAGGGAUGCACUUCACGAACCGUGAUUCUCCUCCAGACGUUCCAACAUUCCUGGCGAAGGUUAGAGAUGUCAUGGACCAAUCUCCGACCGUAUACCCGCCGGCAGUUGGUGUGGCUGUUGCUGAUCAACAAAGCGGAGCAAUCCUCGACAUUCUGCCAAAAAUGUUUUCCAAAGCAUUUCGACAGACAAUCGAGAGGAUGCAUGAAGAUGAACAUCUAACGUUCGUCCAAAUCGGUGAAAGACUCACGAAACGACUUCAAAGCUUGAUUGACUCUGGUGAGUACAAGAUCGAGAAUCCAUCUUUCGGCAAAGCUUUUCCAGCUGUCGAAGAUUCUGAUGAUGAAAACCAGAACAAUAACAAAACCAAGAAGCGUAAGCGUCAAGAUGAGAGUGAUGACGAUGGUAACGCGUUUGCCGCUCUCAAGAAAACAACGAUCAAACGACUUCGCAAGAAGAUUCGCAAAGAAAUCAAGAACGAGGUCUACGCAACAAAAGGAAGUGAAAAGAGUAGUAGCAGUUUUUCUAGUAGUAAGAAAAACAAAGGAAAUGGCAAAGGUAAAGGUGCUAAGAACUCUAAUCCUAAUGAGGGUAUCCAGUGCAACUAUUGUCACAAGUAUGGACAUAAGGCGCGCAAAUGCUGGCUAAACCUGACGAGUCAAAGCUACCAACCUAACAAAGCCAUGGGCAGCAACUUCUUCAACAAUUCAUACAACUGUUGGCCGCAAGGUAACGCUAUCCCUCCGUGGCACCAGAACAACUAUCCACCGCAACAAAGUGGAGGAAAAGGAUUCGACAACAGUAACCCACAGCAGCAAUGGGGUGGACAACAACCACAGCGCUGAGUCGAAACCAAUCCGGAAUGGAAUGGAUAUGGGAAACGAGAUGGACAAUCCCAAGAUGAAGAAGAAUUGGAAGAAGAUUUCGAAAAUGAAGAUGGAAGAUGUUCGCUGAACUUUGAACAAAACACUGAGAAUAAAGAAUAUAGAAGUGAACUGUUUAGGGGUGAAAGCUAUAUGAUUGGCAAUCACUCAAGUUGCUAUCUAAGUGCAAAUAACAGGGAAAAUAGCAAAACAGUUCCACUUGUUGACAGUUGUGCAAAUAAGUAUUUGUCUAGCCAUCGUUCCGAUUUCAAGAAGAUUAGCUACCGGCUUUGUCAUAUUAGUGGCACCGCUGGAAAGCGAAGUGGGAACCUAGGUAGACUGAAAGAGAAUAAAUUCGGAUUAAAAUAUGGCGUACACUUUGAACACUUACCAAAAGCCAUAGAUCGCAUUAUACCGUGGUUAGGUGAAGGAAACUGUCAUGAAAAGGGUUGGCAAAUGAAUCUCACAGAAAGUGGCGGAACGUUGUACAAUACCCGCUCCGGCCGCUCUCUACCCAUAACAAAUUGCCCCCAGAUGCAGUUACCUAUUCUAGGUUGUGACAUGUUUAGCAAAGAAGAAAAUGAAACUGAGGAGGAUAUAGUAUGUACUAGUAUAGAAGAAGCUAGACUUCAUUCACAAGCUUCAAGAUUAGACAUACAUCGUAGACUUGGUCACUUUCACGGUGAUGGCCUUAGUGUAUCUUGUCCAGAAUGUGAUCGAACCAAAGGUCAAAGACGCUCUCACGCAAAAGUGAGGCCCGCUGGGCAUAUACCUUCUCCAUUGAAAACGCUUGCAAUUGAUUUCGCAGUUGGUAUUAGACCAGUCGCUAUAAGAAGCAAAAGAUGUGCUUUAGUCAUUAUUUGUGAUUCGAUUAAAAUGUGUUUCGUUCGUCCUCUUUGCCUCAAGUCGGACUGCGUAGAGGUGAUUGAAGAAGUAAUAAAAGGCAUUCGCCAGGACUACUCAUUGUCACUCGACGACAAGGUGGCAUGGUUCAUCCGUAGAGAUAACGAACCCGUCCUAAGUAGUGACCAUAUGACCAAAGUCAUGCAAUCGCUACUGGUUUCGGAAAUUCCUGGGGUUCGGUUCCUUACAGCCCAGAAAUGGACGGAACUUGCGAACGUUUCAUGCGGACCAUUUUCGGUGCUGUGCGUACCAUGUUGGUCAAAGUCGACCGGCGUCUUUGGUGUUACUGCCUACAGUAUGCCGGAGAUUGUUGGAAUCGCUUACCGCAUCGUUACGCAAAAAUGCCAGAACAUGACGGAACGAGUCCUGUCGAGAUACUAGAAAUGAGGAUAGGAAAGAAGUCCUCGAAAAGUGGUCUAGGUAUGCUAAGAAGAUUUGGUUGUUUGGUGUACUUUCGUGAACAGGUCGUAGACACCACCAACAAGAAAGAAGCAAAGCUUGCGUCACCUUAUCGGCGUGGUGUGUUUCUCGGUCUGUGUCCAGUUUCGUCUGGUUGGCUAGUAGGUACAUAUCACAACGAUGGGAGAACGAAAGCUGGCUUCAAGUGGAGUGAGUAUUCCACACUUGAUGUGAAAUUUCGAGAGUCGAUAUUAGUCAAGGACAUCGACAUUGACUGGCUACUGCCUACGUCGAAGGGCAUUUAUGUUGAUUAUGACCCGCUGGAAAACCUGCAGUCUGGCACGCCGUCGCUGGGUCCCGUCCUGCACAGACAUGCGCUGCAACGUAUGGCCUGUCAGCCGCGCUUCUCUGGCACGGAGUACAGCUCAGGCGAUCCAACCGGCAUGGAAGUGAUAUUCGAUAGCAAUGACAUUGAUGAGUUUCCCUGUGAAUCUUUGGACAAAGAGGAAGAUCCAAAGACCGGCGAUGAUUCCAACUCUGACGCGCAACGCGUUGAGGAGGGGAAUAUCUCAUCGGAGCGUGUGUCGCCUGACUCUAAUCCUGAAGCAAGGGAUCCGAGGACCUUACCCAUUCCACCAUCUCAACCAGGCAAAGUUGAGGAGGGGAAGAAAGGCCGAGGAAGACCUAAAGGGAGCAAGGAUAAGAAUCCAGGACAACGCAAAAGAAGAACAAAAGCCGAGCUAGAAGCAUUAAGAAAAGACAUGCAUAAAUUUGCCAUGCUAGCAGGCGGGCAUGAGCUGGAAGAAGGGGAGACCUUUCUCGAAGCACAUGUCAUGCUGUCAGUUUCCCAAGCCUUGAAAAGCCCUGACGCCGAGAAAUGGCGUGCAGCUAUCACCAAGGAGGAAGCUAGACUACUUGCCUUUGAGACUUGGGCGCCAGCUACUGACGAGGAGCUGCGAACCUCUUCUCAGGUAAUGCCUAUAGCAAUCGUUCUCACGGUAAAACGUGAUGGAACUUUCAAAGCUCGUGCUUGUGUGCUCGGGAAUCUUGAUCGUUCGGGGAAUAUCGACACCUACGCCCCUGUAGUGUCACAUGCUGCGAAUAGACUUUUACUCGUUUCAGCAGCGACGGACUCUGACUUCGUCAUCCCAUUCGACCUUGAUUCUGCGUUCCUUAAUGCUGAACUCGAUCGUGACGUCUUCUGCCGUCUUCCACCAGUGUGGGCGGAGAAGCAUGGAGCGGAUAUCGUCAAGCUUAAGAAAGCUCUCUAUGGGCUCAAGGACGCUCCACGAGCCUGGUUCAAGAAGUAUUGCGUGCUAUUGUCCGAACUCGGAUGGGAGCCGUGUCCUUCUGCUCCAGGAUUGUGGCGGAAAAAGAGCAAAACGCACCCAGGAAAGUAUAUGAAGAUGUCAGUCUAUGUUGAUGAUAACUUAGCUACUGGACCUGACUAUCACGAGUUACGGUCUGAGCUCGACCGGAUCUUUAGUCGCGCCCCUGGCCGACCUAUUGAGAUGGCAAAGCGAGUCGAUUCUCUUACGGGUUUCGAAUGGCUAGAGUUCGACUUUCUUGGUGCGAUUGUGCACUAUUGUCGGGAAGCACGUUCAGUGAAAAUCCUGAUGAAUGUGUACAUAGAGAAGACUUUACAGAAGUAUAAAAUAACAUUAGGUAAGCCGGUGUGGUCUCCAAAUUUCGACGAGUCUGCUUUGCUUGAGGAGGGGCUUAAGCUAGCAGCCGGGUUUCCAUUGCGUGAGAUUGUUGGCGCACUGCUUUGGAUAUCGACAACCGCAAGGCCAGAUAUUUGCGUCCCUGUGGCGACAUUGGCUCGGUAUGUCAGUAAGCCCGUUACAGAAAGAAUUGCAAAAGCCUGUAGAAAAGUAUUAAAGUAUCUAGCUACGACAAAAGACCAAGGACUCUAUUAUUCUCCAGAAAGUGAGGAAGAAUUCAACGGAAUUUACAAGAAGCUCCUACCAGAAGGAAGAGAGCUACCGUAUACUAACUGGUUCUCAGAUGCAGGAUUCGCAAACUGCAUAAAGAGCAUGCGCUCGACCAGUGGUUCGAUUAUGUACUAUCGGGGCUUUCCAAUCUGUUGGAAACGCAAUACACAAACCGUGCGUGCAUAUUCAACUGCAGAGUCAGAGUAUAUAGCCGCGUCGGACACUAUUGUCAUGAGCGAGCUGCAUGAUUUUACAGAUUUCUUCAAUCCCUUACCCACUCAACUAGUGGAAACGCGGUUUGGUAUAUCGCCAUCCCUCGAUGAUGCCAUAUUGUGGAUAGACAACCAGUCUGCAACCUCGACAGCAAAGAGUGAAGAUACGAAGCCUAAAAGUAGACACUAUGCAUUACGUUAUUUAAGGGUUAGAGAUGCAGCUGAGAAAGUCGUUUUCUGUCCUACUCACCUGAUGAAAGCUGAUGGACUAACGAAACUUUCAUGCUCAUCUACUCAACGCAGAUUAUUAUUACAUCACAUAGAGAACCCAGUAAUUAGCCGUAACCAUGUUGAAGAUGAUAGUGACUCGGAAGAAGAAGAUGAUGAGUCUGGUUCAAGUUCUGCUUCUUUGGCGGUGCUUACCUAUUCUAUCUUCUUAGGGUGUUAGGUCGUUGGUCAGAGGUGACGUCAGUGGCUAUACAGCGAAUCGUGAUGGUUCUGGGUCAGAGCAGGCAACGCCAGACCGUGUGUGACUCUCGUCAUUUCCUCACCUAGCGAUUGAGGAGGGUUGUUGGUCAAUGGUCAUUACUGGCUCAAGAUCCAAUGGAUGAACCUGAUUUCAAUGCCAAAUGACUGCUCUCACUCGUCACCUUGAUCAUGAUCAAUGCCGUUCCUUGUCUUGAACUCGUGUUAGUUCCUCGUAUGAUCAUCAUUUGAACUCAAUGAGUUCCAACAUGAAUUAGCAGCAAGAUCUCCCAGAUCUUUAGCUACACUAUGACCCUUCAUGAUAUCCCAAUGACAUUGGACCCAUUUUGAUACCAUUUCAGGGCCUUAAACAGUCAGUGAUCAUUCGGCGCGUCCGUUCUGGUCGUCUUUCUGUUACACUGCAACGAUAAUCAUUCCAUUUGCUCUCAAGAGCCUCAUAGUGCGCUUGGACGUGUUCGGGUGUUCCAACAAUAAUAGUGACUGACUCUUUGAGCCGGAUGAUUUCGAUAUUAGGUUCGAUUUGAUUUUUCGACAAUAGUUUGCUCGCGUCUAGAAGUUCUGGCACUAUUCUUAAGCUUGUUACCCAUUUAGUAACUGUGUCUCUUUGAUCUGAAUAAUGAUGAGUCAUGAUAUGAAGCACAACUCCUUUAGACGAAGCACAACCCCUUGAGACGAAGCACAGCUCCUUGAGAUGAUCUAAUGUAGAGUCCAAGUACCCUGAUGCAUUUGCUUCGCAGCCAGAUAUCGAUUUCGUCAAAAAAUGGGGCGAGGAGCAUAACUAUCGUCUGCGAGCGAAUGCGAAGGCUGCGCCAGAGAAUGUGGCGGAUCCGCCAUUUUCUUUCAGUCCCUGGGAGACGUAUAUUUAAGGCUCAUAAGGAGCAUAACUUCUGAUAAGAAUGAAGGAGCAUAACUUCUGAUAAGAAUGAAGGAGCAUAACCUCCUCUAUUAAGAUAUGGAGCAUAACUUCUGAUAAGAAUGAAGGAGCAUAACCUUACCUCUUCUAUUAAGAUAUGCAUCUUAUAAGUACGCAGUGAAUGAUUAUGAUGUCUCUUCCUAGCUGGUUUCGUUGAACUACGACAGGGACACAAACACGUGACAUCUCGACGCAUCCUUCUACCAUCUUAGUCAAAGAAAUCUCCGUAUUGCGUGCUGGAAGGGGGAAAAUGGACUCUGCUAGAGAGGCAUGUUGCAUAUGCAUUCUGUAUGGUAGACUGCUGCAGUCUAAUCUAUGUAUGAGCAGUACGACAAGAAUAUGGGCAUCAUAAUUCGGCUCGCAAGGCAAAACAAGAACAAGCUAAGGAAUUUUAGGAAGGGCUUUUUUACAUGUGAUUCCAUUUUCCUUUACGUGUUUGGUCUCACAUCAUGGAACCAUGGUUAGCAGUCUGCUGUAUACUUACUUGUUGUUUAUUUUCCAGUGCUUUGCUCCUACGUCACAGUUGAAGAGAUCACAUCUUGACUGUAGAGGACUAGUAAUACCACGAAAAACGCUAUCACAAAGAACUCCUGGACCAACAACCUCCGUUGUGGGCAUUCUAUUAGAUAAAAUGAACUAACAGGAGGUGCAUUCAAUGGAAAUCGUCAGGGAAAUCUUAGGCAAGCUGCCGACUAGGUUCGAAUCAUUAUCAUCAUCAAUUUGGAUGACUGUUCUGCGUAGGUAUGCAAGGAUGGCGAAUUCUUCGCACAUUGUACUUCGUGGACGAUGAUUAAUUCGAAUUUCAAAUGUCUAAUGAAAUAGGCGACGUCGAGGUUUGCGUUGUGCCUCCGGAUCUACUAGCGCGUGCGAACGGCGAUGAAAAACCACCUUUAAGGGCUUCCUGGAUGGUUUAGCCAAGUUAUUUAAACUCAGCAAGAUACUAGAACUUAGUCAGAAGAUUGGGCCUCGCCAUCGCGUUACGAGACGGGAACGUGCUGACUUAUCAUGUAACUAAGCCAGAGGAUUUGCUUAGUAGCCAAGAGAUCGAUCACAUAUUAACUCCUAAGUAGCCAUACAUAGUAGAUUACCAAGCAGAGAGUUAUGUAGUCGUAGCAGAGACGUACUUAAAGACUUAAAUUGAUUGAGCUUUUUGACCCGUUUUCUUCAUCUUCUACUUCGGACUAUCUGCUACUUCGGAGGCGGGCGUGAAGGAUUAAUAUACUUGCAUUUCUUUUCUCUAACUCUUUGGGAGGAACAGAAUUCGGCGACUUAUUGGGCUAAGCUGGCCACCGAUUUUCGCACCGAUUUUCGCUUGGGGGAAAGGCGAGCGGAGAAUGUACCACAAACAUUUUUUUUUUCUGAAAAUUAUUUACAAAUGUCUACAUAUUCUUCCCAGAGGCGGCGAUCGGGCUAGUGUAACAUAGAAAGUAGGUUCUAGUGUAGCGCCACCAGGUCUAGAUUUCGUAUUGUCUUUUGGCUCUUCAGUAGCCAAUGAAGCUUGCUAGUUUUUCUGGCGGGCCCACACCUAACCUUCUUCCCAUGGUACUUUCGAGUUUUCUGUUCUUCGAAGAAUAUACUUACUACUUUGAUAGUACACGGAGGUAUACUUUUUGGCCAUCACGCAGGUAUAAUUUGAAGAUUGAAUGUUAAAGUUGCAAUACUUUAGGCGAUCAUCUCUUUUUCGUUGACUCUUUCACUCGCAUCUACGUUUACUUCGAGAACAGGGAUAGCACUGUUGUACAUCAAUUCACUUUCUGGCUAUGGCUCUACCGGAACUUAUACUGUGUUGUGCAGGGCAAGUCCGUAACGAGAUGGACUGGCCGUGGAAGACAGACCGAAUUCAAGAUCACGG